AUGCGCGUAUUGUUGGCCUUCACUACUUUGCUGGUCUCUGCACAAGCUUUCCUAUUCGGCGGUUUGAGUUCACUAUUCGGUGGAGGAUGUAAUCCAUGUGCUCAACAGUCUUACGCUGCCCAGGCUCCAGCCUAUUCUGGCUACCAAGCAGCAGCUCCAGCCUAUUCCUAUCAAGCAGCAGCACCAGCUUACUCUGGCUAUCAGGCAGCAGCCCCAGCCUAUUCCGGUUACUCACAGCAAUCAUAUGGAGGGUAUGCUCAACCCUCUUAUGGAGGCUAUAGUGGGCACUCCGGUUAUGGUGGAAGCUCUGGCUACGGCGGAAGUGGCGGCUAUGGUGGAAGCGCUGGUUAUGGUGGAAGUGCCGGUUAUGGUGGAAAUGCCGGAUAUGGUGGAAGCUCCGGCUACGUGGGAAGCGGCGGUUAUGGUGGAAGCUCUGGCUACGGUGGAAAUGGCGGCUAUGGUGGAAGCUCCGGCUAUGGUGGAGGCUCCGCUGGUUACGGUGGAGGCUCUGGAUAUGCUGUGAGCAGUGGUUACGGUGGAGGCUCUGGCUACAGUGGAGGCUCCGGUUAUGGUGGAGGCUCUAAUUAUGGCGGAGGAUCUGGUUACGGUGGAAACUCCGGCUACGCAAGUGGCCAUCACGCAUCUUAUGGCCACCAAUCUCGAGGAUAUCAGCAACCAGCUCCAGCUUUUGAAGAGCCAGCCCCAGUGGUGAGUGAAUCGUCUUUCUCUGAAGGCUACGCCCAGCCAGCUGCUCAAGUAUUCCAAGGCUCACGCCGACCUAGCUACGCUCCACAGGAAGCUGCACAACCAGCACCAGCACCUAGCUCUUAUCAGCAAUCUGCUCCAGUAGUUGAGAAGGUUACUGAAGUAGUCGCUCCAGCUCCAGCCUACAAACCGGCUUCCGUAGCAGCGGAAUCCAGCGGUUAUUGA